CAAAUAACAACAAAUAGGCGUUUCUCUUGCAUUGUUGGAAAAACUUGCAGCGUACUUAAAGCGCAUACACAUCGUCAAUCGCCUGCACACUUGAAUUGUUAAAACUACUAAAAAAACAACCAGAAAAUAUUUUAUAAAUUAAACCAAAGUAAAAAGGCCAAAGCAAUACCCCUCGAACACUGGUUGCCGUGAAGCUCAGAAGCAACUCAAGACUUAAUUAGAUUACACUGCAGCGGAAGAGGGAGAUCUAGGACAAACCAUCUUUUUACUUAUAAGAAUUUUGGCCAAAUAAAUGAAAUGGGCAGAACAAAACGCUCCAGGCAGCGCAAAAUGCGUAUUAGAAAUACAUGUACCAGCUCGAAAGAUGUGCUGACGCCAUUGCUACAUCAACUGCACUGGUUGGGCUGCACAAAUACAAACGAUCUUACAGCUUGCGACUUUCUCACAUUAGGUCGCGGCAUUUGUUCAAAAACGCGAAAAUUCCGUGCUGGUGAUACGCUCAUAAGCUUACCGCUCAAAUGCUUAGUAACAAUAUCAACACUAGAAGACUCAGCGCAUUUCAAAGCUCAAUUUGACGCCUCAAAAUUCAAUAAGGAACAAAAAGUACCUUAUCAAUCACUCCUUGCCCUUUAUAUAUUGCACGAGAAGCACUUGGAAGGUGCAUCCCAUAUAAACGCUUAUAUAAACUCUAUACCCAAGCAGUUUAGCAACACCUAUUUCUGUCCAAUAGCUGAAUUGCAGCGCUUGCCAGAGGAAAUUUUGGAAAAAACCGUUGAGCAAAAUCGUGUCAUUCGUGAAAGUUAUGCAUGCUUAAAAAGUCUUUUCAAUAGCACUCAAUGUAGUUAUUGCCGACAGCCUUACUUUGAAGAAAUCUAUACCUUAGACGCAUUUAAAUGGGCUUACUUUGCUGUAAAUACACGCAGUGUUUAUGUAUUUAGCCGCCAAUUCAAACCAGAUAAAUGCUUCUUUCAGCCGCUCUUAAGUGACGAGCCAAACAUGGCCUUAGCACCAUUCCUAGACUUGUUUAAUCAUUCAGUUGAUGUGAGUACCAGUGCCGAUUUGCUGCCAACUGGUCCCAAUAAACAACUGGAAUUUGUUUUGACUUUAGAAAGCACAAAAGCUGUGAUUGAACCACGUUCGCAGCUGUUUAUUAGCUAUGGAUCGCUAUCAAAUUUCAAAUUACUAACCGAAUAUGGUUUCUACAUAACACAUAAUCCACACGAUUAUUUCGUCUUUUCACUAGCAGACAUUGAGGAGUUUUUAAAGGAAGAUAAAAUGAAUAGGAAUUUAAUGCUGCAUCGCAAUAAAUUUGCCUUUAUACGCAAUCACAAUUUGUACGAUGAGAUGUUUGUGCAUUUGGACGAUGGGGCUUCACAUAAUUUAUGUGUGGUGCUACAUUUGCUGGCACACGAAGAGAGUAUCUACCCGAAUGUGUUGAAUCAAGUUGCAUUUGGGGCAGCUGAGAAUCUAGCCAAUGUCGUAGAGGAAGUACGCGCACUUGUAACAUAUAAAAUAAAUGCAUACAGAACUUUCAAAGGUGAUUUGGAAAAACUUCCCACUUUGAGUGAAAGCGGAAAAGUAGCGAAAGGUUAUUUAGAAGAAUGUAUAAGAUUUUUAGAAGAAUAUUUAGAUACGAAUUGCUAAAUAUUGUAAAGUAAUGCUUAAGAAAAUAUGUUAGUUUUAUGUUUCCUCUUUGAA